GCUUUCGCUCGAUGGAAGCCUCUGCCUCUGUAGCUGCAGAUUUUGCGACUUGUGGUAAGUCUCCAGUCAGAAAUUCUCGCAUUUUCUGCCGAUUCUCGGCCAGGAAUUUCGUGGGUUUCGCCUCCAAGCAUCACUGGGAUGACGCCGCCGCGGCCACAGAUUGGAGGACCUGGGCCGCCGGCAAGAAAUCCAGGAUCGGCGCAUGCCUCAAAUCGGCCAAUGUCGGUGGCUUUUUCGCGAGAUCUUCCAAAACAGGGGUGAAUUUCUCCAAGAAGCUGCGCAAGACGAGGCUGUUGAUGCGAGUUUUGGGGUUUCUAAGGAGCCGGAGAAGGCAAAAGAGCGAGAGAAGGAAGGAACUGCCGAUAGAAUCUCCAUGCUGCGAUCUUUGUGGAAGGAUCACAAGGAGCUUUUGGAUCCGGAAAACUCGAUCAUGGGCUCCCCGGGAUCAAGUGGUGGCGAUGGAAGAAAUGGCAAUCGAGGAGGAGGCGGGGGUUCUGGAGGAUCAAACGAUGGGAGUCUACCGUGGAAGAUUUUAUCUUCCCUGGGUUUCGUAGUGCUCUGCUCUACACUCUUCGGUGCUGCUCUCACGUCCAAGCUUACUCCCUCGCUCGCCUCGAUGCCAAUCACCAUAGCUUGGCUCGUGGAUUUCACGGCAUCGAUGGUGUUGAUGCUGUCCGGCUUGCUGAUCAACUUGUGGUUGCUUCGAGCGGCAGCGCUGACCGGGCUCGCCAUCCUCAAGUCGUGCUGGUGGCUCUUCUCGGAGCUCCGGGAUUGCGUGGUGGCGCAGGGAGGUUGGAUGAGGGAAAACGUUGGCGGUGGCGGAGCUGCCGCAGUGCUGCUGCUGUCGAUUCCGACGUUCUUUGCUUUUCUUCCUGGCAACCGCGCUUUCGUCACUGGGUUCUUGGUUCGUGCUCGGGCAUUCAUGCUGAGUGUUUGGCACAAGCUCGGGAGCUUUCGAUCUAGCAGGAGAUCCGAAGGUAUGUACAGCAGGGUUUAUGGGAUCUUCUCGAAGUGUAGGUGAAAGAUUGAGCCUGGAAUUUUUUAAUUUUUUUUGCACCUAGUGUUUGUGUAAAGAAUGCCAAAGUUAUGGCAAUAAGAUGAUAGACUUUAGUGUUUUAGGAACAUCAAGGAGCUUCUUUUUUCAUUUUGUAAAAUAUACUUGAAUUGCCUUAAAGUUAUUUUAAUUUU